AUGCGGGGCGUGAUGACGGUGAUCCUCACUCUGUCAUCCGUGCUCUACUCUUGGUGGAACGGGAGGGCCCUGCACGGCCUCUUCCGUAGGGGGCUCGCGCUCAACAGGGGGAGAGAUCGGCCUCUGUGGUCCUGGUCCCAGGGGAUGCUGGUGUCGAGCGGCGUCUUUUACGCCGUCGCUGCGGGAAUGCUGGUCUUUGGGAGACCCGUGUUGUGGGAUUCAAAUGAUAUUAAAGAUCCUCUCUUUUUGCUCGUCGUGGGGUCGGGCUCGAUCGUCGCGGCCGCGCAGAUCGUGACUCAUCCCCUCCUCUACUCGUGGAUGUGCUGCGAGAUCGCCCUGUUUCAACGUCGCAUGACCGUGCAGGUUGAGCAAGGAGCGCUGAGACCCAUGGAUUGGCUGGACUCGAGGAAAGGGGUGGAGCGUCUCGCUAGGGAUCUGAACCGGAUCUACGGGCCCAUGUGCGCUCUCCAUCUCUUGAUGGAUGGAGGCCUCGCCAUCCUGUACGUGUACCUGCUGGCGGAGACGGCGCAGCUGGCGACGUGGUCGAUGUCGUCUGCUGCCUUGGCCGGUGUCGGCGUGGUCUGCCGCGCUGCCAUCGCCCUUCUUGGGUUCCCUCCCAUCGUCAUCUUUCACUUCUCGGCUUCUAGGGUGUACGCCCAGGACGAGCUGUUUUGGAGGGCCAUGUCGAACACCGCCAUCUUCUCGAAGAAAAGAGAAACCAUCGAGUCCAUUGACGAUCCUGUCGUCUCUCGCGCCAGUCUAAUUCACGAAUGGGAAAAACCCGAAUGUUAUUUGGCAAUGUUCUACAAAGCCAGGAUGAUUCGCUUCACCGCAUUCGGAUUCGCCGGAAUGGGGAAAGAAUCCUUCACAAUGUUGCUGGAAACAAUCUUGACGUACUCGGUCGUCAUGAUCUUCGAUGCAGUCCACUUCGUCAAGCACGAAGGAUGA